GCCGUGGUUGCUACGUGCAGAGGAGUGCUACUCUGUGUACAGGCUCCUGGCGCUCUGUGACCAUGCUGCACCGGGUGUGGGGCUACAUGUUGCCCACAGGCCAUGAAGACAACUCAGACCGCCUUUUUGAAGAGCUCCUCAGGAAGCUGGACCACAAUGGGGACGGGAUGGUGGACAUCAUUGAACUGCAGCGCGAGCUGGAAGCCAUGGGCAUCCCUCUGGGCCAGGACGAGAAGAUAAUUUUAGAAUCUGUUGAUACUGAAACACAUAAUCGGCUGAAAGUUUGCACGUUUAUGCGGUACCUUAGAGACAAUGAGAAACAACUGAAGUUGGCUUUUAAGAGUUUGGACACGAAUGAUGAUGGAGUGAUUGAUGCUUCAGAAAUUAUCCAGGCUCUCAAGUUAAUAGGUGUAGAUAUUUCUGAAAAAGAGGCAGUGAAGAUUCUUGAAAGCAUGGAUAUUGAUGGUUCGAUGACAGUGGACUGGGAUGAAUGGAGGAAGCAUUUUUUAUUUAAACCUGAAAGAGAUGUUGAGGAAAUUGCCCAUUACUGGCACCGUUUUACUGGAAUUGACAUGGCAGAUAGAUGGAAUUUUCAAAGUUUCAUCGACGAAGAAAAAAAGUCUGGCAUGUUGUGGAAGUAUCUGUUGGCUGGAGGGGUAGCUGGUGCCUGUGCUCGAACAUGCACGGCACCACUAGAUCGUCUGAAAAUCCUAAUGCAGGCUCAGAGUUUAGAAACAAAGAAGGUGAAGAUAAUGAGUCGUUUAAUAGAGAUGGUAAAAGAGGGUGGAGUCAUUUCUUUGUGGAGAGGAAAUGGGGUGAAUGUCAUCAAGAUUGCUCCUGAAACAGCUGUUAAGGUCUGGUCCUAUGAACAGUUUAAAAGGUUUAUUGCUAAUGAAGGAGCCAGAUUAGAACCUUAUGAGAGAUUUGCUUCCGGUUGUUUGGCUGGUGCAACUUCACUCUCUCUUACUUACCCCUUGGAGGUUUUAAAAACUAACUUGAACAUAAGUAAAACUGGACAGUACUCUGGAAUGGUGGAUUGUGCCAGGAAGAUUUGGAAGUUUGAAAAGAUUAGUGGCUUUUACAAAGGCUUUAUUCCUAGUCUUCUGUCUGUCAUACCAUAUGCAGGUGUAGAUAUUAGUGCUAAUGAGCUUUUGAAGACUUAUUGGCUAAAUACUUAUGCAGAAAAUCCUGGGUUGAUGAUUUUGCUGGGAUGUAGUGCCUUCUCUAACUUAUGUGGUCAGUUUGUCAGCUACCCUUUGUUCCUAGUGAGAACUCACAUGCAGGUUCAAGGAAUCCCACAUCUAAAUAUGAUCAACUUAUUUUCUGAAAUUUAUAAAAGGAAUGGAGUGACAGGACUUUUCAGAGGCAUGCCUCCAAACUUCUUAAAGUUACUUCCUUCAGUGUGUAUAAACUGUGUGGUUUAUGAAUCAAUAAAACCACUCUUGGGAAUAUUUUAG